UUCGCCACACAAAAAGUGGAAGUGGAUGGACAGCCUAAAGUUUUUAAAGGACGUUGAAAUGGACAACUUGAACACACAAGGCAAUUAUGGCACCGUGACUACAGAAGGUGACGACUCCUUCCUCAGCGACCUUGGUGAAUCCGCCUGUAGCAGUGUCAGUUUAAAUAUGCUUCCUCAAUCACCGCAGACGCAGACGCAGACACAGACACAGACUGGACGGAAACGUAAAAUAGAGGAAUUGCUUGAAAGCUCGAAUAGAUACUUUCAAAGAGUGACGACGUUAGCAGAGGAAAUGUUGGUCGGUGGCACGGAGAGAUCCGCCAUUCAAUUAUUUUUUGAAAGCCUUGCCAAGCAGGCGGAGGGAGCAAAUUUAAAUAGCCUGGAAAUGUCGGAGUUACAACUCCAAAUGUCUCAAACAUUCCACCAAUUUUUAGUAAAUCGCAAAAAAUAAGUUUUAAAUAAAAACUCAUUCUUUCCAAGUAUAU